AAAAUAGAUGCUUCUUCUAGCCAAAAUAAUGUAUAAUUAUUCGUUUGAUGGAACAAUUAUUGUUUGGAUUAUUGGAUUGCCUUUUAUUGUACUUAUAGUUAUUUUAAGACAAGAAUAGAAUUUUGACUAUAUUCUAAUAAAUAGUAAUAAUUACGAAGUAUUAGCAUAACCAAUGAAUUAACUCACUUAUUUAACUAAAUUAGUAAACCUUUAUCAUUCCCAUAAAGGAAUAGCUAUUCUUAUUGACGGAUUUUUAGAUUAUCAUAGAUGCUUAACAAGUAAAGAAGACACUAAUACUAAAAGGAGAGUUCUUAAAACUACUAAAUUUUCUAAAAUGUUAAGAUAAUAAGGAGAAUGCGAAUAAGUUAUUAUGGUUAUUGCUGUUAUGUAAGGAAUGUAUUAUUAUGGAUUAUAAAAAUUUCCUAAUAAUACGAGACUUAGGAUUCUUUAUGCAUUAUAUCUUUUAGACAAAAUGUAAACUAAAUAAUAAGCACUAUAAGAAUUAUUGAAUGCUGAAUUGGAAAGACCUUCUUUUGAUGAAUAAUUUAUUAUUUAUAGAUAUAAAAUAAUAAUUGAAAAUUCUCUUAUUGAAAGAUCGGAUUAAAAUGGCAAAAAAGGAGAUAAUUAUGAAAUGGUAAAUGAACUUUCAGUUUAAACACAUUUAAAAUAGUGCAGAACAAACAUAGAAAAAAGUGCAAAUCUUCAUCUUGAGUUUUGGUCUUAAUUAAGUGAAGAUGCUCCUGAUUUAGGGAAACUAAGUGAAAUAGGAUAUAAAAUAAAUAUAAUAAACUAAUUAGCAGAGGAAUAAUGGAAAAAACUUUAAUAAAAUGAUUCUUUUAUUCCUUCUAUGAUGAGGCUGUAUGCUAAAUUCAUGAUUGAGAUUUUAAAUGAUAAAGAUGGAGGAGAGGAAAUAUUAAUGAAAUUAUGUGAUUCAAAUGCUAAGAAUGCUUAGAAUAAGACUAGUGGAUUAAUAGAUUUGAAUUCAGAAAGUAAGCCUACUGUCUUUAUCUCAGCAGAAGAAGAUUCUUUUGGAAUUAUUUCUAAUAUUAAUUUAGCAGCAAGUGGAUAAUUAGGAUAUAAUAAAAUGGAAAUAUUAAAUAGAAAUGUGAAAGUAUUAAUGCCGAAUAUGUAUUCUAAAUAUCAUGAUACUUUUAUUGAAUCAUAUUUAUCUUCCUUAGAGUCUAGAAUUUUAAAUAUUGAAAAGUAAUUUCCAGGUAAAAACAAAUUGGAUUAUAUUGUGCCUUUAAUAGCCAUUAUUAGACAUGUUCCUUCCUUAAUACAUGGCUUAUAGUUUGUGGCUCAAUUUAGAGUUUAAAAAACUGUCAAUUUAGUCUGUUAUAUGCUUGUUGAUAGUGAAGGGAAAAUAUAAAAUACUACUUCUACGUCCAUUAAUAUAUUUUUAGUGGAUUAAAAAAGAAUAUUGAAGAAAAAAAUGACUAUUACUGAUGCCGUGUGUGACUUUUAUGAUAAAAUUAAAGAAAUUUAAAUGAAAAAUGGUUUUAAUACUAUAGCUGUUGACUUAAAAAAAAAAAGUAAAGAAUUUAUUGUUAAUAUUUAAGCUUAAGAAGUAUAAUUUAGAAAUUUAGGAUUUUAAGGAUAUUAUGUUAGAGUUGAAAAAGUUAAAAAUAGUUAAUCUAACAUUUAAACAGAGAAUAAAGAUGCAUCUUCUCCAAAAAAAUUUGAUCCGUACUAAACUUUAAAUCCUUUUACUAAUAGAACUUAUAUAAAAUCUAUUUAAAAGAAUUUCUAAAUGAAAUAUGAUCCUGUUAACAAAUAAUUUCUUGGAAAUUUACUUGAUGGACCACCAGGUUAAAUAAACGAAGAAAUAGACUAGACAAUAAUAAUUCCUGAUUCCUCUUAUUAUUUAAAAUAAGCAGAAGAAAUUAUUGACAACAGAACUUAAUAAGAAAAAGAUGAUGAAAUAGAAGCAAAUAAACCAAAAUAUGGAUUUGGAAUAAAAACUUUAAGAUUAUUUUAAGGAAAAGUAUAAGAUGUAGAAGAUAUAAAAAGAGAUGAAGAUGUAGAUGAUGACGAAUAAAAUGAAGAUGAAUAAAACUAAACAAAAGAUGGAAAACAAGAAAUAGAAGAAAUUGAAGAAAGUAGUGAAAUAGGAACAAUAUUUAAAAAUAGACAAAGCUUUAUUUCUUUUACUUAAAGCGAAUAAUUUUUAUAAUCUUCUUCUGUUAAGACUUUAAGAAGAAUUUCAACUCUUUUUAUGAUUAUAUUGGCUAUUUUAUGCCUGGUUAACCAUUUCUUGUCUGAAAGUGAAUUUUCUUAAUGUAUGGAAAGAUAUUAACUACUUACUAUUAAAUUUGAUAACUAAGAAAAAAAAGAGGCUAAUAUUAAAUAAUAAAAAGAUGAUAUAGAAGAAGGGCUUAAAAAUAUGUAAGAACUUUAAAAUUAUAUUUAGUUAAAUACAUUUGAUAUGCUUCCUGAACAUAAAGAAUUAUUUAGCAGUGAUUCUGUUGAAAUGAAAUUCAAAGAAGAAAAUACUGAAAGAACAAGAGCUUUUGAUAUAAAUGAAGCCACGUAAAUGCUUGUACAACCUUCCUAUCCUGCUUAUGGAAUAAACAGUUUUGAAUAUUUGAAAGGAGCAAUAAACUAAAUGUAUAUUUUGAAUUCAAAUAUGUAAAAGGAACACUCUAAAAAUUUAGCCUCACAUCAUGCUAAUUAUGUAAAUGCAUAUGAAAGUGUUAUGAUGAAUAAUAAAACAUGUGGUAUAUUAACAACUGAGAAAAAAGUAUCAACUUAAGAUUGCUAUGAUUAUGCAAAUGGAACUAUUAUGCAAGGUUUCGCUAUUGCUUUGCCUAGACAUAUUGAAAAUUUUAGAAUGGUUGCGACUAAAUUUGAAAAGUUAGCUUUGUAAUUCCCAAAUUAAGAAGAGCUUACAAGAAAUACAAUUAAAUUAAUUAUUGAAGUUAUAAGAAUUAGAUCUAUGGUUACUAUGAUUCCUCUAGAAAUUUGUUAAAAAACUAGAUCUAUAAGAAUGCUUAUUUUAUCUUAUGCAAAUAAAAAUAAUAAUGGGUGA